UGCAGCGCUAGCUCUCACAGCUCUUUUGGCCUGUGCUGGAUACCCAGAGAGCUGCAAAGUAGCCAGGCGAUUUAUUUGCAUCGCUGCUGUCACGUCUUAGCCCUUGGCACGAUGCAAUCGUUGCUGCGCGCUGCGCUGCUCCUACCAGCUUGCAUUGCGCUGCGUCGCACCGCGCCAGUCAUCUCGCGGCGCACAUUUGGCAGUACCAUCGCGGUCGCCGCAUCGCUCGCGCUUGGAACUGUGCCGGCGUCCGCCGCGCCGGCCGUGCAGGCGGGUCCCACCGUCGACGCCGCCGCGCCGCCGCGACCGGAACUGCCCUCGGCGCGCUUGCCGUCGUGGACCUUGCUGAUCCCGAUGAUCGAGAUCGACGACGCCGUGAACGCGUGGGCCGACGAUGCGAAAAAAGGCUUCGGCCUCAGCGCCAAGGCCGGCCUCGAGGCGCUAAACAAAGGGGGGCAAUAGCCCCGAGUGGAAAUCGAUAUUCAACGUGACGCGGUCGCCGCGAUGGCGCCGACGACGAGAAUCCCCCGUACCUUAGGUUACUCUCGGCAAAGAACUUCUACCUGGGCGUCGGCACGAAAUACGCAACGUCGAUAGCGUAUGAUGAUCUUGACAAAAAGCUUGUGGAGGAUGAUAAAAAUGCGAGAAUAGGCGCGGUAGUCUUCGGUGGGCAGGCCAUCGACGCCGCGCGCAAGGCCCUGAAAGCCGACGACGGCUUUGCGGCGGCGGAGGCCCUGCGCACAGCAUCAAAACGCUUCGGCGAUUUUUUCGCGCGCGUCCCGGCGGCCGACGUCGCGAAAGCGCGCAACGCAUUGGCACACUUGAAAGCGGCGGAUGCUUCGAAGGACGGGGUCAUCGACGACGCGGAGUUCUACAAAGCCUCGCUCAGCGACGAGGAGCGACUCGCGGCGACGUGGGGCGUCUGGGGCACGACGCUCUACUCCGCCGACCUGCGCGCGGCCGUCGGCUCGCCGUUCAUCUUGCAAAUCAAGAAGCCACCUGACGUGCCCGACGAGCUCAAGAAGGUCAUCGCGAGCUCGGAGUUCUAGGCUAAGACUACUGUGACAACCUACAUUACCCA